CCUUCCGGGCUUUGCUUCCGGGGCGGUAAGGGCAGCCACGUCAUCCCCCCGCUCCGCUCGCCAGCCGGGCAGUGGCUCGUGGGAGCCAAGAUGGCGGCGGCGGCGGCGGCGGCAGCGACAGCAGCAGCAGCAGCAGCCAGUAUUCGGGAAAGGCAGACAGUGGCUUUGAAGCGUAUGUUGAAUUUCAAUGUGCCUCAUAUUAAAAACAGCACGGGGGAACCAGUAUGGAAGGUACUCAUUUAUGACAGAUUUGGCCAAGAUAUAAUCUCUCCUCUGCUAUCUGUGAAGGAGCUAAGAGACAUGGGAAUCACUCUGCAUCUGCUUUUACACUCUGAUCGAGAUCCUAUUCCAGAUGUUCCUACAGUAUACUUUGUAAUGCCAACUGAAGAAAAUAUUGACAGAAUUUGCCAGGAUCUUCGAAAUCAACUAUAUGAAUCAUAUUAUUUAAAUUUUAUUUCUGCUAUUUCAAGAAGUAAACUGGAAGAUAUUGCAAAUGCAGCGUUGGCAGCUAGUGCAGUAACACAAGUAGCCAAGGUUUUUGACCAAUAUCUCAAUUUUAUUACUUUGGAAGAUGAUAUGUUUGUAUUAUGUAAUCAAAAUAAGGAGCUUGUUUCAUAUCGUGCCAUUAACAGGCCAGAUAUCACAGACACGGAAAUGGAAACUGUUAUGGACACUAUAGUUGACAGCCUCUUCUGCUUUUUUGUUACCCUGGGUGCUGUUCCUAUAAUCAGAUGUUCAAGAGGAACAGCAGCAGAAAUGGUAGCAGUGAAACUAGACAAGAAACUUCGAGAAAAUCUAAGAGAUGCAAGAAACAGUCUUUUUACAGGUGAUACACUUGGAGCUGGCCAAUUCAGCUUCCAGAGGCCCUUAUUAGUCCUUGUUGACAGAAACAUAGAUUUGGCAACUCCUUUACAUCAUACUUGGACAUAUCAAGCAUUGGUGCAUGAUGUACUGGAUUUCCAUUUAAACAGGGUUAAUUUGGAAGAAUCUUCAGGAGUGGAAAACUCUCCAGCUGGUGCUAGACCAAAGAGAAAAAACAAGAAGUCUUAUGAUUUAACUCCAGUUGAUAAAUUUUGGCAAAAACAUAAAGGAAGUCCAUUCCCAGAAGUUGCAGAAUCAGUUCAGCAAGAACUAGAAUCUUACAGAGCACAGGAAGAUGAGGUCAAACGACUUAAAAGCAUUAUGGGACUAGAAGGGGAAGAUGAAGGAGCCAUAAGUAUGCUUUCUGACAAUACCGCUAAGCUAACAUCAGCUGUUAGUUCUUUGCCAGAACUCCUUGAGAAAAAAAGACUUAUUGAUCUCCACACAAAUGUUGCCACUGCUGUUUUAGAACAUAUAAAGGCAAGAAAAUUGGAUGUGUAUUUUGAAUAUGAAGAAAAAAUAAUGAGCAAAACUACUCUGGAUAAAUCUCUUCUAGAUAUAAUAUCAGACCCUGAUGCAGGAACUCCAGAAGAUAAAAUGAGGUUGUUUCUUAUCUAUUAUAUAACCACACAGCAAGCACCUUCUGAGGCUGAUUUGGAGCAAUAUAAAAAAGCUUUAACUGAUGCAGGAUGCAACCUUAAUCCUUUACAAUAUAUCAAACAGUGGAAGGCUUUUACCAAGAUGGCCUCAGCUCCUGCCAGCUAUGGCAGCACUACCACUAAACCAAUGGGUCUCUUAUCACGAGUCAUGAAUACAGGAUCACAGUUUGUGAUGGAAGGAGUGAAGAACCUGGUUUUGAAACAGCAAAAUCUACCUGUUACUCGUAUUUUGGACAAUCUUAUGGAGAUGAAGUCAAACCCUGAAACUGAUGACUAUAGAUAUUUUGAUCCCAAAAUGCUGCGGGGCAAUGACAGCUCAGUUCCCAGAAAUAAAAAUCCAUUCCAAGAGGCCAUUGUUUUUGUGGUGGGAGGAGGCAACUACAUUGAAUAUCAGAAUCUUGUUGACUACAUAAAGGGGAAACAAGGCAAACACAUUUUAUAUGGCUGCAGUGAGCUUUUUAAUGCUACACAGUUCAUAAAACAGUUGUCACAACUUGGGCAAAAGUAACACAGAACCUUACUAUGAUCAUCUACUUGGAUAAUCCACUUGGAAUGUGGAUAAAUGUAAAAAGAAGAAAAGUUAGAAGAGCAGUAUGUUUCCUUCUCUGUAACAGUGUCCUAAUAGUGAAAAUCAGAGUUAUUUGUUAAUUUUUAAGGAAAUUCCUUACUUAAUAUGUAUUGAUUAAAAGAAUAAAACAUUUCAGAAAUAAAA